AUCAAUGCGUGUCUCCUCCCGCAAACCGUCGACGCAGCCGUCUACAACGACCUGCAGGGCGUGCUGCACACGUUUGGAGCGAUUCUCCUGUUGACAUUCCACGCGAUGGACGGUGCCGCUGCAAGAGGACGGCUUGACAUCGUCCACAGGCGUUUUGCUACCAGAUUGGAGGGCUGCUCAGCUGAGGCUUUCGCCAGGGCUGCAGCCAACAGCCACUUAGCGGUGCUCCGGUGGCUAAUACACCGCUACCCAGGUCGCUACAACAGAUCGCGUUGA